UACUGCAGGCAUUUCAUCACCAGUGCUGCCUAUAAAUGGUGCCACAGGGCCGUGGGACAGUGGGGACACUGCGGGGAGCUCAGCUGCUCUGGGACAGCCAUGAAGGUCACCCUGGUGCUCCUGGGGCUGGCAGCUCUGUGCCUGGCACUUUCCACUGCAGAUGCUGCCACACAGAAUGAGGUGGAUUGCAGCGAGUACAAGAGGCUGGAGAGAGGGAGGCCCAUUUACUGUGAGAGGCUCUACCAACCCUACUGCGGCUCUGAUGGCAAAACCUACAACAACAAAUGCUCCUUCUGCAAGGCUGUGCUGAAGAGCAGAGGGGCCCUGCAGAUGAAGCAGGCAGGAGCGUGCUGAGGACAGCUCUGCCCGUGCCUGCCUUUCCUCCAGCCUGCCCUGAAGUGCCAGCUCUGCUCCAGAGCUGGGACUGCCACUCCUGUCCCCGCAGCACAACUGCUCCUGUUGCUGCACACCAGCCCUUCCUCGGAUGUUUGUCUCCAUGGCUGAAGUUCAAAUCCUCUGACAGUGCCCCAAGUCUCUCCCCCUCGUUGAUCAAAUUUUGUUUUCCCUUUAUCCAGAAUCUUCAGCAGAUAUUUUUUUUCCCCAAAGGUUUUCAGCUUUCCCAGGCACUGCUCUGAGUCUCCCAGUUUUGGGGCUGAAUUUUAAGUGCUUGUUUUUUAUCCCACUCUGUACAAUUCUGGUUUCUGUCUGUUGUUCAGCUACUCAAUGUACUUGUUUAUUAAAAUAAACCUUCACUCUUU